AUGUCCGCUGAUGUAUUCGACGAACAUUAUUUUCAAAAUCAAUGUUCGCUCUACGAAUCAACACGCGCGAAAUUACCUAAAGAUACCAUACGUCUUUCUUCAGCAACAUCAACAGUAUUAGGAACGUCGUCAAUGUCAACACCAACACGUUAUCGGCGUGUGAAAUAUCCAACACAAAUUAACACAUCAUCAUCAUUGUCAUCAACAAACUCGAUUCACAAUCGACAUUCAGCGUCAACGGAUAUCUUCUCUUUAAUACGUUCGUUUGCAAUGAAACCAUUUAAAACGUCGUCAAUGACGAAUGCUGUCGCAGGAGGACAAACAAGCAAUGUUAUCAGUGGUAGUCAUACACAUAGUAAAGCUCCUGUCAAUCUCCUUAGAUAUCGUCCGUUGAGCGACGUUUUGACCGAUCACGAUUCUUAUACACAAUCGACUCAUACUGUUGAAGAUUUCCUCAAACGAAUGGGCUGGCCAACUAAUUCAACCACCGACGAAGCACGUGUCAAAUGGAAUACAGCGAUGAAAUUUCUCAUUCCAUCAAAGUUUGAUGUUAGUCGUGCUAUUGAAUUGUAUACAACACACGAAAAUCUUCGAAAAACUGAAAAUCUCGAUCAUAUUUGGAUUAAUAAUCCUCAUCUCAUUCGUGAAAUUCAAUCCGGCAAAUUCUUUUCAUUGCCACAAAUUCUAACUCAACCGCUGACUGUGAUCUUUUCUGCAACAAAUCUUGAGAGUCUCUUAUCAACUAUGACACUUUCGUUACAAGAACGAGAAUUGAUUAUUUUGCAAGCAUUGAUUUGUCAAUUGGAUGUGGCAACCGAGAGCAUUGAAGUUCAACAAAAUGGUUUAAAUUUCAUUUACAAUAUGCAGAACUGUUCCGCAACGCAGUUUGAUAUGAAUUUAAGUAAAAAGAUCUUGAAACUUCUUCAAGGCGGAUAUCCAGCAAUGUUGAAAAAUUUAUUUAUUGUUUCGGCACCGAAAUGGUUCAGAGUAGUGUAUAAGGUACUCGCAAUUUUUUUAAGUCAAAAACUUCGUGAUAGGGUUACGUUAUAUUCCAUCGAUCAAAUGCGUGAUCAUCUGAUGAUACAAUGUAGCUACACAUUAGAUAAGAUUCCUAUUGCAUUAGGUGGACAAUUUGAUUCGACUGAUACUGGCGAUGCUCGGUAUCAGCUAUGUGCGGCCAAAGUUACAGAUCCGCACUCGAUAUGUCAUCCAUAUUAUUUUAAAGAUUAUCAACCAUUGACGACAAAAUCAUCGAAUAAUAUUCUCAUUGUUAAUUCCGAUUAUUGUAGUCCAGAAAAAGCAACAACUUCGCCAGCAUCACUUCUAACACUUGUCUCAUUACGACAUCUUAACGAUGCCUCUACCAAAAUUCGCAUACGAAAACGUGAAUCAUCGUCAUCGAGCGAUAAUGAUAAACGUCCACGGUCAAAUGAUAAUCUGUCGGAAGACGAAUCGCCUAUGGUAAAUUCGUCAACUUACAUUCGAAAGGAAAACUUCGAUGAUCCAACGGAACGCAAUGUUAACAAUACCUAUCGUGUGUAUCCUGGCCAACAAGAAGCCGAUAUAAAAGUUAAUAUGAAUGGAAAUGAUCCUCGAGAUUUCAAGCGAGAUACAAAACGGUCAACCAUAACAAAUGUUUAUAAAGCAUUGAAUGAAACGGAAUUUUUGUCGAAGACACAUGCAGAAAUUCGACAUGAAUAUCGUAAAAUGCCCAAUCCUCCUGCUAAGGAUACUCAUGUUGCAAAAGAUGAAAAAAAUACUGAUAAGUCUCGCUAUCGAGAUGUUCUACCUGGUGAAUUAACUCGCGUUAAGCUUCAGCCAGAUGGCGACGAUAAACAUGAUUUUAUUAAUGCUAAUUAUGUUAGCGGAUAUAAUAAUCAAGAAAAAGCAUAUAUAUUUACUCAGGGACCACUACAAAAUACAGUGAAAGACUUUUGGCGUAUGGUUUGGCAAGAGAACAUCUCCAUUAUAGUCAUGACAACAAAUAUCCGUGAAUCCGGUAUGAUGAAAUGUUAUCCUUAUUGGCCAAUGGAAGCAAGUGAAAGCUACACAAGCGGUUUAUAUCAUAUUCAAAACGAAAAAUCUGAAAAAUACGAUAGUUUUGUCAUUACGACAUUGUUACUAAAGAAGAAAAAUCAUUCGGAAAUACGAACAAUCUAUCAUGCACAUUAUAUCAAAUGGCCCGAUCAUGGCAUACCAAGCGGAACAAAAGAUGCAUUGUUAUUUCUUGAAAAAGUUGAACAUUACAAACAAUUAACUAAAACAACUGCUCCCAUUCUCCUUCAUUGUUCAGCUGGUAUUGGACGCACAGGAACAUUCUGUGCUAUCGAUAUUGGCAUUAAACGAUACUUAGAAGAGAAACUUAUUGAUAUUCCAUCAACAGUAGUUAGAAUGAGACAUGAACGCGCUGGUAGUGUUCAAACGGAAGAUCAAUAUCUUUUUGCUCAUCUAGCAUUAAUGGACUUUAUCAAACAACAACGAGCUAUUCAAGAUCGUUUAACAAGUUUAGAAUUAACAAUUAGUUCUAGACCAUUAGAAACCAAUCAAACACUUAGCAUUCCACUGAUUAAUACAACGAAAUUUAUAAACUUACAAGAAUCAUUCACUCAUCGAAUGAGAAAAUCCAAUGGAGGAAUAUCGUUAAAUGAUGAACGACAUUUACCCGCCACUCCUCGACAACGAGUCACCAUUGAACAGAACUCCUCGAUGCCAUCGCCUGGUCUUAAUGGCACGUACAGAAAACUUCGUAAAUAG